AUGGCUUCUGGGUCGAGGAAACCUCAGCGGCGCUUCCAGUUCAUCGACAAUAGCAACGUCAGCUCUUCAGGCUCCAACUCCACUCAAGUUCGACGUCAUGUUAUGCAAGAAUACAUGAGGGAGAAGCGUUGGGAGGCUCGCUCCCAUUCCAAUAUUGCUGGGGAGUCUCACCCGCCGACCCGCAAGAGAGGCGUGAAAGCUAGGUCGCAAUCACGACCGACACAUAAACGUGAGGAGCGGGAAACCUCGCCGGCCUUCGAACCUGGCGAUGCCCUGCGCUGUAUGUCUUUGCAAGGAGCGCCAAAGGACCAACGCGAGCACCAAAGCCAUCAUGAUGAUCCUGUCGAAGAGAUUGUUCGUCACAACCCCGACUUGGAGGCGGUUCCCAAUGAUCCCAGGCCUGCCUUCUCCCUGGGUUCUUCGGCCUUUGCAAAGCUGGCGGACAUGGUCUCCAAGCCACUGGUCACGCCCCCAUCGUCCGUGGACUCUCCUGAUCGAACGUCGCCGCCCAAUUGGCAAUGGCUAUCAUGCGGCGCCACGUCCCAAAGUCCAGAACCACAAUCGUAUCUGAGUGCUGCUCGGACUGACCCGUUCGACUGCCUACCCAUAAAGUUAAGCGCUCAGGACCAGGAGCUUUUCGAUUUCUAUGCCAACGUCAUGCCGGCAUGUUCGUACGGGUUUGAGCGACGAAGCCCUCGUGCCCACAACUGGUACCUAACAGUCUUCAUUCCAGAAGCCAUGAAAGGCGCGGUGUGCUUCCAGAAUACCAUCCUUGUCCACGCCGCCAACACACAGGCUUGGGUUCAAGGCCUCCCAGAAACACGUCUUGCCAUUGAACAUCGUGCCAAGGCCUCUCAGUUGCUUCUUCAUCACUACCAGCAACACCCGCAUGACACCUCAGAUGCGACGAUCUCGGCGACGAUCUCCGCCGCGGCCUUGGAGGAUUUCGAUCCUCGUAUAGAGCGCCGCAUCUAUGCCUGGAUGCACUGGGAAGCGGUUGUGCAGAAGAUCAGAGACAGAGGCGGACCAACCGCUCUGGUCCAAAACAACAGGUUACAAAUGUUGAUCAAUUGGUCGGACUACAUCUUCUCUGGCUACAAGGGUCAGGGUGCCACAUUUUACUUUGACCAUCAAUCUUCACCAAGACACACGACUGAGCAAGAGGCCGAGUCCAUUGGCCGUACCGAAAUUGCGCAGCAGACUGAAGAAUUCAUCACGUUCCUGAAGUGUGCCGAACAUCUCGCGCUCGUGCAAGCGGGCAUGCAGAGCAAUCCGGUUUCACGAAGGCAGCAACCUUUGCGGUUCUCGGUCUUCCUACCGGGUCAGCCUCUAUAUAACCUCCUUGCCAGUCCGAAUGGUGCACGGUAUACCGACACGGGACAGUUCAAACAGAUUAUAUCCAGGCUGGGUGCGCUGAUGACGAUCAACACAGCCAUUUGGGAAUACCGCCACUCCACAGAGUUCAGCGAGGAAUUCUUUGCGGAGCUCAUGGACAAUAUCAUGCACAAUGAACUAGAUCAACACAUUUCUGUGGAAGCACUGAUACAAAUAUUGCUGAGUGGCAGCAAAAAUCCGGUCCUGCUCCAUACAGAAAGGCCUUGGUUUGUUGGUAGAAUGCUCAAAGUGUCUAAACGACUGUCGCGGCCAACGUUUGAAAGGCUAAAUGAGUUGCUCCUCAGCUUCCUUACCUUGGGUCCAGAGCUCAGUCCAGUCAUGGUUGACUGGGAAAACGAGCUACGCACGGAGAUUUUGCGGGCGCCUUUGAUCAGUUAUCGGUCACGGUUCAUGAUGGAGCCAGCAUGA